GUGCUUUGUAGUCUCCCUGCUCCGCGGUAGUUCCGUCGAAACUGGACGAGCUUGUCGCUGAUAUCCGAUAAUCGCUCUUUUUUCGGGUGAAGAUGGCCGCGGGUCCCCUUUCUGUAUCGUCCAACGCAUCCACGAACAACGAUGGCAUCCUUAUCGGUGACAAAGUUUACUCGGAGGUGUACCUUACGAUUGACAACUCGCUCAUCCCGGAGGAAAGGCUCUCGCCGACACCGUCGAUGGUCGACGGCCUCGACUUGAACACAGAGACCGACCUUCGCAUUCUUGGGUGUGAACUGAUUCAGUCCGCGGGAAUUCUCCUCCGGCUACCGCAGGUGGCAAUGGCAACGGGGCAGGUGCUGUUUCAUCGUUUUUUCUACUCUAAGUCCUUCGUCAAGCACAGUUUUGAGAUUGUUGCAAUGGCUUGUAUCAACUUGGCCUCCAAGAUUGAGGAAGCACCGAGACGAAUACGAGAUGUCAUAAAUGUUUUUCACCAUCUGAGACAGAUGAGAGCCAAAAAGACUCCAAGUUCAUUGAUACUUGAUCAGAACUACAUAAAUACCAAAAACCAAGUCAUCAAAGCAGAAAGGCGGAUCCUGAAGGAGCUGGGCUUCUGUGUGCAUGUCAAGCAUCCCCACAAGAUUAUCGUCAUGUACCUUCAAGUCCUUGAAUGUGAGAAGAACCAGACACUGGUCCAGACGGCCUGGAACUACAUGAAUGAUACCCUAAGGACCAACGUGUUUGUGAGAUUCCAAGCCGAGACGAUUGCCUGUGCCUGCAUAUUCCUCGCUGCUCGAGCCCUGCAGAUACCUCUGCCAUCCAAACCCAAUUGGUACCUGUUGUUUGGAGCCAGUGACGAUGAAGUUAAAGAAGUCUGCAUCACCACCCUCAAACUCUACACCAGGAAGAAGCCUAACUAUGAGCAGAUGGAAAGGGAGGUGGAGCGGAGGAAAAUGUUCUUGUCAGAGGCCAAGCUGAAAGCUAAAGGCCUGAAUGCUGAUGGGACCCCUGCAUUGACCACACUGGGGGGCUUCUCUCCUGCUUCCAAGCCCUGCUCCCCAAAUGUUGCAAAGAUGGAGGAGAAGUCUCCAAACCCUCAGCUCUCCCUCAAAGCAGCUAAGAAGGAGCCAGAUAGCCGGACUCAGGUCAACAAGAGUCCACACAAUGGCUUAAGAAAAGACACGAAGAUUGGCAGGAACAGCAGGAGCAGAAGUCGAUCUCGCUCAAGAACACGCUCCCGGUCUAGGUCCCGAUCUCCUCGCAGACAUUACAACGGCAGACGCAGUCGCUCAGGGACGUACAGUUCACGCUCUCGCUCUCACAGUCGUAGCCCAUCGCCUCGGCGCCAUCCGCCCUCCCCCCUCCUCCCCCACCUCAAGACCAAGUCCGCCCACCAUGGCAAUAGUGACUCCAAGCCCAGCAGUCGUCACAGCAACAGUGGAGGUGGAGGAUCUGGGCACAAGAGAAAGCACUCGCGUACCCGCACGAGAUCCCGCACUCCAGUCAAAGUGGAGCGGGACCGAGAGAGGGAACGGGAGAGAGACAGAGAACGCAGUACCUUUGACCUCACGGCAAAGAAACACAAACAUGAGCGAGGAGGCGCUCAUCGAGGAGACAGGAGAGAGAGGUCUCGGUCCUACGAAAGGGAGAGGGAGCGUGGCCACAAGAGCAAACACCACGGCAGUAGCGGGCACUCGGGACAUGGCCGUCACCGCCGCUGAGGCAACUCCCCCCCCCCCCCACCAACAGGCUAUCUCUAGGAUCGAUUCCCCAAACUAAAUCUGAUUUGGCGUGUCCUCUGAACACAGUGCGACUCGUCUUUUCAUUGAAUGAACUCGUAUCUUACGAGUUCUUCUAAAGGUUGACUAAAUGGUUGCAUUUAAACUAUUAUGGAAGCAAAACGAAUAUCUGCCCCCUCUCGGAUGACAUUGCUGACGUGUCCCCCACGUUGCAGCCGUCGAAGCCAAAUGCUGCACCUCUGCGUGUUGAGAGAACAUGCCAAGUUUAGUUUAGUUUUGUGUAUAUUUCCAGCCUAAUGCCAACCGAGUUGGGUUUCUGGGUUUCUCUUAAGCAUCCUGAAAAUGACCAUUUAAACUAUAUAAUUUACAGGAAUGUUGAUUCUCUUCAACCUUUUUAAUUUUGUUCACCUAUGACAAAUAACUAAAUAUUAAGUUGUUUUUUAUAUAUAUAUAUCCAGACCGUUGCCUUGUCCUUGUGGCAUUUAUGGAAACGAUGUUUAAAUGACCUAAAUCCUACCCAAUACCUUCUGCAUGUACAAAUGUCUUGGUGAUAGAAUAUUCCUUAAUUUGACUCUUCUACAUAACGGCACACUUAUCGCUGAUAUUUGGCAGAGGUGGUUGAUGUUGUGUUUCUAUGGAUAGGAUGUGUGCGUCUGAGGAACCCAGGCUGCAGCAAUAUCUACCAGCGUUAAGUGGACUACUUGUAGGUUUACUCACCUUUUUUCCACCCAGGUCCGACUGCAGUGACAUCAGUCCCAGACCGCGUGUCCUGCCAACUCUAAGUUUUACCUUCAUUUUUUCCGCACCAAAACCAUCGCUCUACCCUACCCUUGUGUUCUUAGUUUUACAUGUAAAGUUAUGGACUUUGGGAAAACAAAACUUAUUUACAGUGUAAAGAUGGAUCGAUAUCUGCUGACAAAAUGUGAACGCUUUGAUUUAUAAAAGCUAACAGCUCAGUGGAACUAUUGAAUGAACAAAUGUAAAAUAAUGGCGAUCAUUCAGGAAGAUUAGUAUGUUUGCACAUUAACGGACAGGUGGGCGAGGGGUAUGUUUCCAUCUUUAUGACAUGUAUGUUGCUAAAGCUGUGUUUUGUACAGUUUCAAUUAUAGACUUUUUUCUUUUUUCUUUUUUUACAGCAGGGGAUGCAGACUUGAUUUGAAAAAGUUUAGGGUUGUCAAUUUGUUACACUGGUUUUUAGUCUGCACGUGUUCAUGUCCAAUUUUUAUUCAAUAAUAAAUGAGUUAUGCCACUGAA